UCCCCGCACUGCCCGGCUCCGGCCGCGCGCUGGCGGGGCCCCGCAUUGCACACUCUGGGGGCGCCGCAGUGUUCGUGGGAUGGGGCAGCGGGCUGCCGCUGGCGGCCGGAAUCCGCGCGCAGCCCGGAACCUAGAUGGGAAUCAAGUCUUGUUUUUCUUCUGUGUAAAAGCUUCUCAUGGAGUUGCAGAGGCUGAGGACUUUGGCAGACCUUUCUGAGGUGCGAGUUCUCUCCCGUCAGCCAGUCCCCGCUCCCAGGCCCCCUGUAUGAGUGACGCCUUGGUCUGCCAUGGAACCUGGCCCUGCCCUGGCCUGGCUCCUGCUCCUGAGCCUACUGGCCGACUGUCUGAAAGCUGCUCAAUCCCGAGACUUCACAGUGAAAGACAUAAUCUACCUCCACCCUUCAACUACUCCCUAUCCUGGUGGAUUUAAGUGUUUCACCUGUGAAAAGGCAGCAGACAAUUAUGAGUGCAACCGAUGGGCUCCAGACAUCUACUGUCCUCGAGAGACGAGAUACUGCUACACUCAGCACACAAUGGAAGUCACAGGAAACAGCAUCUCUGUCACCAAACGCUGUGUUCCCCUGGAGGAGUGCUUGUCCACUGGCUGCAGAGACUCCGAGCGUGAGGGCCACAAGGUCUGCACUUCCUGUUGUGAAGGAAAUAUCUGUAACUUGCCACUUCCCCGAAAUGAAACCGAUGCCACAUUUGCCACAACAUCACCCAUAAAUCAGACAGAUGGGCGCCCACACUGCGUGCCAGUGAUAGUGACCUGCCUGUGGGUGUUGUUGGCAAUCUUAUCAUAGCAGCUGAAAGGCACCAUGUGUGGUCACAAUCCCAGGGGUUCUCAGUGGUCCAUGUCGUGCAUGAGUCAUUGGCCUGACAGUAGUCAUGCACGCGAACCCACAACACUUUGUCGAUGUCUUCAUGGCCCAGCAUUCCCACUUAUGUGUCAAGCAUUGCUUCAGUGCAUUUAUUUCAAGUCCAAGACCUUGUCAAAGCCAACCUGCCCUCAAAACACCCCUGAGUUCUAUACCACACACCUUUGGUUUUGCUCCAGGAAGUAAUUCUGCAUUUAUUGAGAUCUGAAGCUUUUAAUUUAAAAUACACGCAUGAGCCACAGGAGGUCCUGGGAUCCUCGGAGAUCUUAGGUGAUGUAAUAUGGACAUGCAUAGAUGUGUGUUUUUGAGGUAAAAGGUUAAGGAACACUAGUUUAAAUACAAUCAUAAUUCAUUUAUAGCUUUGGAAUUUUAAAACUUUGAUUUCAAAAUGAAUGGAGUAUUUCCUUGGACAUUCUGAGUCUCUGGAAAUGUAGUAAGCAAUUGUCCAAUUUAAUUGUCCCAACAUUCUUCUACCAAUGGAGGGACUCAUAUUCCCUGUACUCUGUGUGGGAGAUAAAAAGGCAAUCAUAAAAGUUUUUUGUAUGGGGGCAGGAGUGGCUGGAGAAGGAUUUUUCCCAACUUAAUGAAACUAGCAUCCAUAAAGUAGCUGCUUAUCCUUUCAUAUAAUUGGUGAGAUUGGCCUUGAUUGGCACCUAAUUGUGCUAUAUGAGAGCAUUCCAGGAUGCCACCUGGACCAAUGGGUGUCCAAAGAGUUCUAAAGAUGUGUAAAGUAAAGUAAAAUGGGGUUAUUGUCUCCAGUCAUAGGGUUCUAUUCAGGCAUAGCUAAUCAAGAUGGAAAAGAGGAUUGCAGAAUGGAAGAAAGGAGAUGUGUGAAGGUUGGUUGAUUCUAGUUCAUCGUGAGGACCUAGGAAGUGGCUUAGCCAGGUUUUUUUCCAUCUGCUGUUCAUACUGCCAAAAAGCCCUCCCUGUUCUUCCUCUUUCAAUCCCCAAUGACUUUAGGGAAAAGGUUCUGCAUUAAGUUGUCUUGAGACUGAUAGAGAAAGAAGACAUAGUAUUCUAGGAUGAUAAGUAGGGAUGGUGAGAUUAGUAAGGAGACCCAGUGGGAAGUUUUUAUUUCUCUUGGAUGAUUGCUUUUGAAGUAGAUGGUAAAAUUUCCACCAUCCUUCCUAUAUUUUUGGCAUUCAUGUUACAAUUUUUCUUCUUCCUUGUAAGUCAUUUAUACAAUAUUUAUUUUUGUAUGGCAUAACUAGAAAGUAAAAUAUAUUGUAAAAAGUACUUUAUUCUGAACAAAACAAUCAAAUAAGAAUACUUAUUUUUCAACAGUGGUAGAGCUUGUAAUAUAUGUUUGUUGAAAGUAUCUAUAAUACUUGCACCAGUGUUGAAAAAAUUAACUUAUGUUUGAACAAGA